GUGUGGAAAGUGGAUUUCGGCACCUUUGGAUUGGAGCUGGAUACCACGAACCCCACGAUUCCCAUCGUGGCCAAAGUCUUGCCCAACGGCCAAGCGGCGAAGUGGAACAAGUGGGCGGAGCCUUCCAGGAAAUUACGGCCCGGGCUCGGACUGCGCUCGGUGGACGAGACACAGGACGCGGCCCGGAUCUUGUCGGUGCUGCUGGAGAUGAAAGGUGCUGUGACCUUAGGUUUCACAAGCCCGUCGCUCCACACUGUAAAGCUGCACCGCCGGGCCGGGCUGCCGCUGGGGCUGUGCCUCACAGCGCCGGAGCACGAGGCCAUAGGCCUGGUGGUGAUGUCUGCGCAGGGUCUGGCAGACGUCGCCGGUCUCAAGGCCGGCAUGCAAGUAAUCGCUGUGGAUGGGUGCCGAGACCGGCCGAAGCUACUGGAGGACAUCCAGCACGCUGCGGUGCUGACCCUGCGAGUGGCUUCCUAUUGAGGGCUUCCCUUUCGCGUCGUUUUCCUCCAGUGAGCACUUGGCUCCCCAGGUUUGACCCCUUUAGGGCGAGAGCAGUUCACGUAGCUCUCGUCCGACAGCCCCCCUGGGACUCUGGGCACGCGUAUGAGAAGUUCCUCCGAGGCCGCGUGACAGGGUUGCUUAAAGGAU